AAUUUAAUAUACAAACAUCAAAUUAUAUCGAAUUAAUAAGUAAAUUACAUUAAUUUAAGUGUUUAUAGUGAAAAAUUUUAAAGUUUAUAAACAAAGAACAAACCAAAUAUUGCAAUUUGUUUUUAAAGACGGUGGUAGUUUUGUGCAAAACCGAAACCAAGCAGCAGAGCAGAGAUACAUCAAUUUAUUUUGCAUAGAGGUUGGUUUUCUUCAACAACCGCCACCAUCACCAUCAGAUCAGCCACCACAUCGCCCCCGGUUUAUUGUCGUCUCGUCGUCAUCGACUUAAGCAUCUCGAUCGUUUUCUCGAGAUCGUCGUUGUCGUUGUCGUCGUCGACGUCUUCUCUUGUCUCAGUUUUACCAAUCGACGGACAAAGCAACGCACAACACUGUUGAGCAUUGGACUUCUGCUGGUAUUCGUACUCUGAAAACGUCAUCAUUCAACAUUUUACUUUACACCGCAGUAUAUUUUCUCAGAGGAAAGCAGCAUCAACAUCAGCUAAAGAAGAAACAGGCAGCAUCGAGUCCAAGCCUAAGUGAGCUUGUUGGAAACAAUAUAAGCUGGCACAACAUUAGUUUUGAGUUGGCUACCAACGCGAGCGGGUCUUCUCUAGGCAAACGAGACACGUACAUAAAAAUAUCUUAUAUAUUUUGUGUUCCCCUUUUCUUUCGCUAUACAUAUUUUAAUCUCUAUUUUUAAGGAUAAUACGAACGAACUGUUAACCACCACCCAGUUAAAAAAAAAAAUUAAAUAAAAAGAAUUAUAGUUAAACGUUUCAUAAAUUAAAGCUUCAUGACAAAAAAGGAAUAAACUCGAAUUAUUAAUUUUUUUUAAACGCCUCCCCCCUCCAACACAACACAAAUAUCGAACAUUUCGUAAUAUUCUUUUAUUUCCUGUUACGGAUAAAUAGUAUUAAAUAACCGAAUCUCAAAAUGAUGAUGGAGAACGGGCUCUCCAUGGAAUAUGGAGAUGGAUACAUGGAGCAAGAGGAAGAAUGGGAACGUGAAGGACUUUUAGAUCCUGCGUGGGAGAAGCAACAGAAAAAGACAUUCACUGCAUGGUGUAACAGUCAUUUGCGAAAAGCUGGCACAGGCAUUGAUAACAUCGACGAAGAUUUCCGAAAUGGUCUGAAGUUGAUGCUUUUGUUGGAAGUUAUUUCCGGUGAAACCCUGCCAAAGCCUGAUCGAGGCAAAAUGCGAUUCCACAAAAUUGCUAAUGUUAACAAAGCCCUCGAUUUCAUCGCAUCCAAAGGUGUCCGAUUGGUGUCAAUCGGUGCUGAAGAAAUUGUCGAUGGCAAUCUUAAAAUGACAUUAGGUAUGAUUUGGACAAUCAUCUUGAGGUUUGCCAUUCAAGAUAUUUCCGUGGAAGAGAUGACUGCCAAGGAAGGCUUGUUGCUAUGGUGUCAACGAAAGACCGCACCAUACAAAAAUGUCAACGUUCAAAACUUCCAUUUGUCUUUCAAGGAUGGUCUAGCCUUCUGUGCUUUGAUCCACCGUCACAGACCAGAUUUGAUUGAUUACGCCAAACUUUCCAAAGACAAUCCACUUGAGAACUUAAAUACCGCAUUCGAUGUUGCUGAGAAAUAUUUGGAUAUUCCAAGAAUGUUAGAUCCUGAUGAUUUAAUCAACACUCCAAAGCCGGACGAGCGUGCCAUUAUGACAUACGUAUCCUGCUAUUAUCACGCCUUCCAGGGAGCUCAACAGGUUGGAAAUAUGAAGCAUGUACCCGAACCUACACGAGAAUACACCUACAAUAUCCCGAAUAAUUACAAUGCUGAAACCGCUGCAAACCGUAUUUGCAAAGUUCUCAAGGUUAACCAGGAAAAUGAACGUCUCAUGGAAGAGUAUGAACGUCUCGCUAGCGAUCUUUUGGAAUGGAUUCGCCGCACAAUGCCAUGGCUUAACUCCCGCCAAGCUGAUAACUCAUUGGCUGGUGUUCAGAAAAAACUCGAAGAAUACCGUACCUACCGUCGCAAGCAUAAGCCACCACGUGUUGAACAAAAAGCAAAACUCGAAACCAAUUUCAAUACGUUGCAAACAAAAUUGCGUUUAUCGAAUCGUCCUGCCUAUUUGCCAACAGAGGGUAAAACUGUCGCUGACAUUUCCAAUUCAUGGAAGGGCUUGGAAUUGGCUGAGAAAGCGUUCGAAGAUUGGCUUCUAGCUGAAACUAUGCGUUUAGAACGAUUGGAACACUUGGCCCAGAAGUUCAAGCACAAGGCUGACACUCAUGAAGACUGGACUCGUGGUAAAGAAGAAAUGCUUCAAUCACAAGACUUCCGUCAAUGUAAGCUGAACGAUUUGAAGGCAUUGAAGAAAAAACAUGAAGCUUUCGAAUCUGAUCUGGCGGCUCAUCAAGAUCGUGUCGAACAGAUUGCAGCUAUUGCACAAGAAUUGAAUACUCUCGAAUACCACGACUGUAUCUCCGUGAAUGCGCGCUGCCAACGCAUCUGCGAUCAAUGGGAUCGUUUAGGUGCACUUACCCAACGCCGUCGCCAGGCCUUGGACGAAGCUGAACGCAUUCUCGAAAAGAUCGACAUUCUUCACUUGGAGUUUGCCAAACGCGCUGCACCAUUUAAUAACUGGUUAGAUGGAACACGCGAGGAUCUCGUGGACAUGUUUAUUGUUCACACAAUGGAAGAAAUUCAAGGAUUGAUUCAAGCCCACGAUCAAUUCAAGGCUACUCUCGGUGAAGCUGAUAAGGAAUACAAUCUGAUUGUAAACCUUGUCCGUGAAGUUGAAUCCAUUGUCAAGCAACACCAAAUUCCCGGUGGCCUGGAAAAUCCUUAUACCACUCUAACUGCCAACGACUUGAAUCGUAAAUGGGGAGAUGUUCGUCAACUUGUACCCCAACGCGACCAAACUUUGGCCAAUGAGUUGCGUAAGCAACAAAACAACGAAAUGUUGCGUCGUCAAUUCGCUGAAAAAGCCAACACCGUUGGACCUUGGAUCGAACGCCAAAUGGAUGCGGUCACAGCAAUCGGUAUGGGUCUGCAAGGAUCGCUGGAAGAUCAAUUGCACAGACUCAAAGAAUACGAACAAGCUGUAUAUGCCUACAAGUCAAAUAUUGAGGAACUUGAAAAGAUUCACCAAGCCGUUCAAGAAUCGAUGAUCUUUGAAAACCGAUACACUAACUACACAAUGGAGACACUGCGUGUUGGUUGGGAACAAUUGCUAACAUCAAUUAACAGGAAUAUUAACGAGGUAGAAAACCAAAUUUUGACACGUGACUCGAAGGGUAUCACACAAGAACAGCUCAACGAAUUCCGUUCAAGUUUCAAUCACUUCGAUAAGAAUCGCACUGGCCGUUUGACUCCCGAAGAAUUCAAAUCUUGCCUUGUGUCAUUAGGCUACUCUAUUGGUAAGGAUCGUCAAGGUGAACUGGACUUCCAAAGAAUCUUAGCUGUUGUCGAUCCAAACUCAACGGGUUAUGUUCACUUUGAUGCGUUCCUAGAUUUCAUGACAAGGGAAAGCACAGAUACCGAUACUGCAGAACAAGUCAUCGAUUCGUUCAGAAUUCUUGCUUCAGACAAGCCAUACAUCUUGCCCGAUGAACUCCGCCGCGAAUUGCCACCAGAUCAAGCUGAAUACUGUAUUCAAAGAAUGCCACCCUACAAAGGACCCAACGGUGUACCCGGAGCUCUGGACUACAUGUCCUUCAGUACGGCUCUCUAUGGUGAAACAGACUUGUAAUUUCAAACUCAACUAUUAAAACAAAAAAAAAAUAUUACAUUUAAAUCUAAAUUAUUAUAAAACAUAAAAGAAAAACCCAAACAAGAAACAAAUAAAACAUAUUACUGUACCUACGAAGCAAAAGGAGGAAGAAAAAAAAACGCAAGUGUUGUCAAUUUCUACUUACACCAUAGAAGAAAAAGCACAAGGGAAGAUCAAGACCACCGAUGUUCUUAAUUGGUCGAGGAUACUAUUUCAAUUUUUUUUAUUCUUAUUUUAUUUUCAUCAAAGCUUUUCCAUUGAACGCUGAUUGUCAGUUUUGAACGCAUUGUGCAAAUACAUAAACACCCAUUAAAUUAAAAACGAUGAAUUUCUAGAAAAAUAAAAAAUGCAUGUACAAAACAUUCACACAAACAUAAACAUCAUGCAUUGCAUAAUUACACUCUGAAUCAAUGAAAGAGUAUAUAGGACACUUAAAUGCCGAAAAAUCUCACAGAAGAAUUUAUUUUUUUUUUGUUAUUUAUAACUUUAUAUAUAUAUAUACGAUACAUAACUUAUUUUUAUUAUUUUGAGAUUUAAUAACUAAUAUAUACAAUAGAUAUAUAUAUAUAUUUUAAUUUUAAUUAUUUUGUUAUAAACAAUUAUUUUAUUUAACAUAAGAAAAAAGCCAGCCACGAGUAAAACAAUUUUGUGAGAGCGUAAAUAUUAGAAGCUUGUAUAAUUUUUACAAGACAGUUAAAAAACUUAGAUGUACGUUUGUAGCAGCAAAGAAUUUCGUUUAAAUUUCCGAUGAGCAUUAACAGAAAAUACAACGAUAAUAAUUUGUAUUGUGAGGCAAAACAAUAGUUUAUUCUAUAAAUAAAACAGUUGUUCGAAUAAUCAUGGAUUUGAGAGAGAUGUCCUUGAUUAAACGCUCUGUUUUUUUGGUAUAAAAAAUUGUUUUCGUACACAAAAGGAAUUUUGUCAAACAAACUUAAUUUAACUUAGGAGUAUGAGCUAUUCACACAAUAAAAUAUCAAACCUUAAACAAUAAAAAUUAUAAAAAUAAUAAAAAAAAACACCAACACAGUAAACUACUCAACACAAGCUCUUAUUUAAUU